AUGGUCAAAAGAUCAGCAUCAUCAGAAGCAGGUAGUCCGCCAAAGAGACGUAGGCGAUCGUCAACCACUUCGCUGAAAGAGGUGUCAACAUUGUCGCAUGCAGCUAAAGAGUAUGGACCUCAAUGGAAUGAUUGGCCUGCACCUUUAGCUGCAAUGGAAGAAGCGAGAGGUUUCAUCAGGGAUAUAGUCGAUAACAAACGAUCUGUAUUAAUCGUGCCAGAUAAAGAUGCGGAUGGACUCUCAGCUGGAACAUUACUGUAUCGCACCCUGAUACAUAUGAAGCACCCACCAUCACUCAUAUCAGUACAUCACCUCACGAAAGGUAAUAACGUUCAUUCGGAUUAUGAGAGGAAUAAGAUGGAUUCCAGCCGAGCAGAAAGAGUGGUAGUGUUGGAUCAAGGUAGUAGACCAGGAAGAUCCUUGGUACCCCCUCUACCCGAUCAGAAAGAGAAAAGGGUCUUAAUUAUUGAUCAUCAUAUGUCAGAUGAGUGGCCAGAACGAUCACAAGUCUUGACGGCCUGUCGAUCUUCGCCUAUAGCCACUGCGGCGCUGCUGACGUACUUGCUGCUGAGAGAUCUGCACGAGAAGAUACACGAGGAAGAAGCUUGGAGAGCAGUGGUGGGCGUUAUCGGUGAUUUGGGAACAACGGUACCGAAAUGGGGUACUGCACCAUGGCCAUCAGAGCUGGGAACAGUGUUCAAAAGACUAGGAUCGAAAGCGUUUAGUGAAGCUGUAUCAGGGGUGAAUGCACCGCGUCGUACGGCAGAAUAUAAUGUACCGAAAGCUUGGGACAUAAAGCUCAACGCUCGAUCGCCAUCUGAAUUAGCUUCCAAUGCAUUCUUGAAAUUAUGUAAACUAGAUGUUGCUGAUGAAACUGCCAAAUGGGCAAGAACUCCUCCGAGAUUCGCAAAAGAUGGAAGAGUGGCUGUAUGCACCGUGCAUACCGGCUUUCAGAUACAUCCUGUCAUUGCUACUAGGUGGUCGGGGACUUUAGGAAGAAAGAGCAGUAAGCUACUCAUGGUCAUGUGUGCAAAUACUGGUUUUCAUGCAGAUGGGAGGGUAUCGUUCUCAUGUCGGAUUGCAUCGAAUCUCCGUGCAUUACCUGAAGGUCGACAGCCAAACUUGAUUGCGUUACUAAACGAGUAUGCAGAUCGUAUACCGGGUUUCAAUGAUAGAGUGGGAGGCGAUUACGCAAGGGGUCACAAGGAAGCUACUGGAGGUAUAAUACCUAGAGCAGAAUACGAUCUGUUACUUGAAGAGAUGGGUGUCCCGCAACCUGGUUCAAGUAUCAAAUCUGAACCAAAUGUCUCAGCAUCAUCGCCUUCACCUAAAAAAAAAUCAAAGUCAAAAGUGAUCGAUCCGAAACAGGCUGGUGGGGGAUUAGACAAGUUUUUUAAAGUGCAGACGAAACCGAAAGUGCAAUGA